GUUUCCGGCGCCCACUUUUUCUUUUUUGUUUUUACCCUCAAUAAAUACACCUGCGGGCUUUUGUCCACCUUUGUCUUCGUCGAUUUCCCCGCGGAGCUUUUCUACUCUUUGGUUGUUUCUUCGGUGUAAUCAGUGCGGUGGAUAUGUCAGAUAACAAGGAGGACGAGACUGUCCCUAAAGGAAACGAAUGGGAGGUUGUAGCUCUUACAGAAUCUGCAUACGCUGCUGCCCCUGGUCCCAAACAGAACAUUUUUGAUGCAAUCGGGGAUAAUAGUGCAGAGACAGCUGAUGCACUGUUCAUGUCUGGCCACUUCAAAUAUUCACCAAGCAUUCAUGAGAACAUGCUAGUAGAAGCUGGUUCCAAGGAGAAACCCAGUGGAAUGGGCAGUGAUAGCAUUCCUGAAGCCAUCGCCUAUGAAGGCAGUAAAUCAGAAUCAAAGAGUGUGGAUGAUAUACACCUGGAAGGACUCAUUUCUGAGGAAUUCCCUGAAGCUCCAAAAUUCAAGGAAAAAGGUGGCAGCGGGUCAUUCUAUAGUUCUGAUUUUGAAGAUGUUGCUUCCUCAAACCUGAUGGUGAAAGAGCAGGCCAUGUACAGGGCUGAGAAAUUCAGUUCUUAUGAUGAUGAAGCUACUGCAGGGAGGUCGUACGCUACUGAUGAGGACAUUGGAGUUGCUGAACCCUUUGAGCCUUUGGACCAUGCAAUUGAUCCAUGCCUGUCAAAUGUGCCAAAACAUAAUGAAGAUGAUAAGUUUGAUGAAUUGCCUGGUUUUUCCUGUGAGGGGUGGUGGAAAAGGCAUGCUUCUUCCUUGUAUGAUCAUGUGAAAAAUGUUAACCCGUAUUGGUCAAUUGUUGUUGCUGCAGCUGUUGUUGGGCUUGUGAUUAUUGGUCAUCGGUGGCAGCGGGAUAAGCCACCAGUUUUAAAGCUGAAGUCUCAGUUGGUUAUUGAUGAUAAGGGAUCUCACUGGAUUCUUGGUCCUGUGGCUCGACUAAAAGAUGUUAGUUUGGGAAAUCAAAACGGCUCAUACCUGAGAGCAAGCACGUCCACAGGAUUAUAAUUAUUAAGUUCAAAAUGAAUGGUGAAAAAGCGUUGCUGGAUGAUUGACCAGAUUUGAUUUGUGUAGUGAGUGAUUAUGUUUGCGUUGGGUUCUCAGCAAUGCAUAAACAAUCAUGAGGAUGCCACCGAUGAUCUGGAAGUCAUGGAUGUGUAUUACCACCAUUAUUGAUGUGUGUUAUUUAGCUGUGUAUAAACAAAGCUCUGUAAGCAAGCAGUCGUAUCAACAACACCGGACAGACAACACCCCAUAUCCAUAUGCUGCAAAACUACAUGGAUUACUGUAAUUAAGUAUAUGGCAUCUCGAUGCUUUGCUACUAUUGCUGUGUGUAUGCUGUUUUUAUGUCUUUUUCAAGUUGUCCCUUUGUGUGGCAAUGUCA